GCGGGCCCGGGGCAGCCAUGGGGACGUGGCUCGGCGGCCGCUCGGAGUCGGCCGGCCCCAGGGCAGCCGGCGGCCGCUUCUGGGCUGUCGUCCUGGGAGCAGCGGCAGGGCUCUUCCUCCUCGGGUUCCUCAUCGGCUGGUUUGCAAAACCUACAGAUAAGAAGACAUCUCUGAGUACUCAUGAGGACAUGAGGACAGCAUUUAUGGCUGAAAUGAAAGCAGAAAACAUCAAGCAGUUUCUUUACAAUUUUACACAGCUUCCUCACCUAGCAGGAACAAAGGAAAAUAUGCAUCUGGCACAGCAAGUCCAAGCUGAGUGGAAGAAAUUUGGUUUGGAUUCAGUUCAGUUGGUUCAUUAUGAUGUCUUGCUCUCUUACCCUGAUGACACUAAGCCCAACUACAUCUCAAUAAUUGAUGAGCAUGACAAUGAGGUUUUCAACACAUCAUUGUCCGAGCCUCCUCCUCCAGGAUAUGAGGCUGUUAGAGAUGUGGUGCCACCCUACAGUGCCUUUUCAGCCCAAGGAAUGCCUGAGGGUGAGUUGGUGUAUGUGAAUUAUGGCCGCACUGAGGAUUUCUUUACGUUAGAACGUGAAAUGGGAAUUAACUGUACAGGAAAGAUCGUUAUUGCCAGAUAUGGGAAGAUCUUCAGAGGAAAUAAGGUGAAGAAUGCUGAAUUGGCAGGUGCCAAGGGAAUUAUUCUGUACUCUGACCCUGCUGACUACUGUGCUCCUGGAGUAGAUCCUUAUCCAAACGGCUGGAACCUUCCAGGUGGAGGAGCCCAGCGUGGGAAUGUAUUAAACCUGAAUGGGGCAGGGGAUCCUCUGACUCCAGGUUAUCCUGCAAAAGAAUACAUGUACCGAUUAGACAAAACCAGUGGUGUAGGCCUCCCAAAAAUUCCAGUUCAUCCUAUUGGCUAUCAUGAUGCAGAGUCAUUACUGAGUAAUAUGGGAGGACAGGCACCACCUCAUAGUAGCUGGAAAGGAAAUUUGAACGUAUCUUACAACGUUGGUCCUGGUUUUACAGGAAAUUAUUCUUCAAGAAAGGUGAAAAUGCACAUUCAUAACAACAAUGAAGUAAGAAGGAUUUACAAUGUGAUUGGUACCAUCAGAGGCACAGUGGAACCAGACAGAUAUGUCAUCCUGGGAGGCCACCGUGACUCAUGGGUAUUUGGUGGCAUUGAUCCUCAGAGUGGGGCAGCUGUGGUUCACGAGAUUGUGAGGAGCUUUGGAAAACUGAAAAAGAAAGGAUGGCGACCAAGGAGAACAGUGAUAUUUGCAAGCUGGGAUGCAGAGGAAUUUGGCUUGUUAGGAUCAACAGAGUGGGCUGAGGAAAAUGCCAAAGUAUUGCAAGCACGGGGAGUGGCUUAUAUCAAUGCAGAUUCUUCUGUUGAAGGAAACUACACACUGCGAGUGGAUUGCACACCACUGAUGUAUAGUCUGGUUUACAGUCUGACUAAAAAGAUACCAAGUCCUGAUGAGGGGUUUGAAGGAAAAUCUCUUUAUGAGAGCUGGUAUAAAAAAAAUCCAUCAAGCGAAUAUAAGGAGGUUCCCAGAAUAAAUAAACUGGGUUCUGGCAAUGACUUUGAAGCAUUUUUUCAACGUCUUGGCAUUGCUUCAGGCAGAGCACGUUACAGUAAAAAUUGGAACACAGAAAAAUACAGCAGCUAUCCAGUUUACCACAGUGUCUAUGAAACCUAUGAAAUUGUGGAACAGUUUUAUGAUCCCACGUUCAAGAAUCAUCUGACAGUCGCUCAGGUACGGGGAGGGCUGGUGUUCGAAUUGGCCAACUCUGUUGUGCUUCCUUUUGACUGUAGAGAUUAUGCAUCAGCUGUGAGCAACUAUGCUCACAUCAUCUAUAAUUUGUCAAGGAAUCACGAAGAGGAGCUGGCAACAUACAAUGUAUCCUUUGAUGCUCUGUUUUCAGCUGUGAAGAAUUUUACAGAAGUUGCUGCUAGCUUUCAUGAGAGACUACAACAAAUAGAUAUCAAUAACCUGCUUACUGUCCGAUCACUAAAUGAUCAGCUCAUGUUUCUAGAAAGAGCUUUCAUCGACCCUCUUGGAUUACCUGGAAGGCCAUUCUAUAGACAUGUUAUCUUUGCUCCAAGCAGCCACAACAAGUAUGCAGGAGAAUCCUUCCCAGGAAUCUAUGAUGCCAUGUUUGAUAUCGAAAGCAAAGCUGAUCAACACGAAGCCUGGGAAGAAGUGAAGAGGCAGAUUUCCAUUGCAGCCUUCACUGUGCAGGCAGCAGCAGAAACACUGAAAGAAGUAGCAUAAAUAUGAACAAUAUAGGCAUCAAUGAAGACUAAAUGGUUUACAGAAGUCUUAAAAAUGGAGCACUUGAAAACACUAGGAGGAUUAUGACAAAGAACACAAAUCAAAAAAAUCUUGGUCUUUGCAAAUAAUAUACCCAAGUGGAAUGCAUUUAGUAAUGUUAACAAGGUAAUGUACUCCAUUUUCAGAGCUCAGGAUUUAGAUAUCUUCUGAAUUGAGACUGAUAAUGUUUCAGGUUUUCUCUCAGCUUUGUAUUUUAAGAAUUGCUAACCACUGGAUUUACUUCUAGAGUUUUAAAUUUUUCUAGCUUAAUUAUUAUAGUGAUCUCCAUAGUUCUUCAGGAAAACAGAAUUCAUUUCAUGUUUCUGUCAGUUACUAGUUUGGUUGUUACCUUUUCGUUAUUUACCCUGGGUAUACAUGAUUAUACCUCAAGACAGGCCUCCCAGCCCUCCUUUUCCACAAAGAUUGAGAUGGAUAUGGAGAUGGGAAAACUGUCUCAUACCAUGUGCAGGAUGGAUAAUAAUCGUAACAAGUUUUGGGCAGCUGGCCCAGAAUAUUCAUCCAUGAUAUUCUUUUCCUCACAUGCUGAACCUUGCAGCUGAUUGCAGAUAAAUCUAAGCAAGAAGCACUGGAAUAAAAACAAGGCAAUACAUCUUGUCAGACAUAUAGUCAUCUCACAAAAUGUCGCUCAAGAUGAAGACCCCAUUGUUAUUCUUUUAACCAAAAUCUACCCUUGCUAUGCCUUGUCCCCCUGGAGGUGUUUUAAAUAUGAAGACAGAAGCAAAGAAUAUUUAUCAUGUCCUAAGUUGAAAAGGAUACCAAAUUAUUACCAUUUUCAUAAAGUCUGUAUAUCUGAUUAUCAUGUGCUGCUUACUCUUAUGAUGGACCAUAACUGUCUUGGGACAACCAAGAUCAGACAGAGAAGACUCAGAAAAUAAGAUCCCUUCAUCUGAAAUUUUGCCACUGGACUAUUAAUAACCUCUAGUUCAGCUAGUAUUUUGUGUGAUUUGAUGUGCCAUGUUAGCUGAGGCCUCUACCAUGUCUUAAACUACUGUCCUAUGAUCUGAUGGUUUUCAGUACCACGGCAUAUUAUUUUCUUUAGCAUGAGGCUUCAUUUAAUCAUAAUUAUUUCUGCACUUCACAUUAAAGCCUUUUAGACAUGUUACUAUAAUUAAAUCAUUAUUUUGCUUAACUGCUGGUCUUUCUGCUAAAAUAAUCUAGUUUGUCAGAUAUUGGGAAAUGGUCUUAUAACCAUAGUUAUUGCCCAGUUACUUUCACAUUUUUUAUGAAACAGAUUGGAGUAAAAUGAUGAAGAUGUCUUCCUCCAAAUCCAGUACUGAUGGGAGACAUUGCUGACUCUGUUUUGUCACUGCUGGCUGCUCUACUACUCCACUUUCACCAGUGGAGAAUUCAUGACAUCAUAAUCCCUAGAUGAUUUGUUAUGCAGCAAUCAGGACAAUGAUAAGCUAAAUCCACCAUGCAGAGGGGAGUAGCAAUAAACAGCUCCUGUUGACCAGGUGGAUGCAAUAACAAUGUUUUUCUUUUGCUGAGGAGGAUAAAUUGAAGUGUCAAACUCCAAAAUUGUGGAGAUCUUUUCCUAUGUGACCUGUAUGCUGCUUCAGCAACUUUUUCUUUCAGUCCAGAAGACAUAAUUUUUUAAUCUCUGGCCUAAGCAUAGCAUUGUUUCAUUUAAGUUUUUUGGAAAUAGUUAGCAGAUAAUAUACAAUGUCCUGGCCCAGGACCACACAAAAUACAGAAGUAGUUACACUCUGAGACUACAGAAACAUCCAUUAAAAAAAAAAAUCUGUUGCCUGUUCCCUAACCACUGCAGGGAAGAGGAUACAGGAACAGAAAUUUUCUCUCUCCUGUUGACUACGAGCUGGGGACAUAGGCUUGUGUGAACCCCAUGAAGUUCAAAGGGUGCUGCACCUGGGCCAGGGAAAUUCCAAGCACAAAUCCAGGCUGGGCAGAGAAUGGAUCGAGACUAGCCCUAAGGAGAAAGAUUUGGAGGUGUUUGUGGAUGGGGGAAGCUCAUUGUGACCUGGCAAAGUGCACUUGUGGUCCAGAAAGCCAGCUGCAUCCUGGGCUUCACCAGGAGAGGUGUGGCCGUCAGGCUUAAGGGAGGGGAUUCUGUCCCUCUGGUCUGCUCUUGUGAGACCCCAUCUGCAGUGCUGUGUCCAGCUCUGGGGCCCCAAUAUAAGAAAGGCCUGUUGUAAGGAAUCUAGAGAAGAACCAUUAAAUCACAGGCCUGGAGCACCUCUGCUGUGAAGACAGGCUGAGAGAGCUGGGGCUGUUCAGCCUGGAGAAGAGAAGACUAUGGAGACCUCAGAGCACCUUCCAGUACCUAAAGAGCCUAAAUGAGGCUGGAGGGGGACUUUUUGUAAGGAUGUGUGCAAUAGGACAGGGAGGAAUGGCCUUAAGGUGUCCCUGUGUUCAGUGCACAGUCCUUUACUCUCUCAGCCUCACUGGUUACAUUCCUCUUGUGGAAAAAGGGGUCAAAGUUUGCAAGCUGCACUUGUCAGCUGCCAGCAAUGUAAACUUUUAGUUGGAAUCUGAUAAUGGUCUCCUGGAGCCCAAGAUAAGAAAGACUCUGACUCAAAGAAUCAACAUCUACUAGUGUUUUAAUCUGAUCGAAAGACUGAAGAGGCCGUGAGAGAGUUCAAGGGACUGCACAACUGGCAGAGUCAGAAGGAAACUACUGAUUUGAAAUUGUGGUUGAACAUUACCCUGUUGCUAGUUUUCCUGCCAGAGCUGUCUUUCCCACAGAUCAGGGUCCCUUGAUCUCUCAAACCACAGGUUCAACCUUUAGUCAGACAGUAGGUCAAGCAGCACAACAGUGGUGUAUCUUUCUUGCUGCAGAUACUAAGCUUUAGGGCCCAGUUACUGAGCAACUACAACCUACGCUUUACAAGCCCUGGCAUUCAUUCUGUGUUUCACAUACCAUCACUGCCUUUACUAGUUGGCUGAAUAGCAGAAUGAUGCAUUCGACACACAAAUGCUUGCUAGUUUUGCAUUUGGCAUGUGUAUCCUUGCCAGUUUUUGAGCUUUUUUAGUUUACCAGGCAGUUAUGUGUUUUAAAUGGGUAGAGUAUAUGUAGCUACCUGCAAGGGCUCCUAGCUUCACCUGAACCUCACUCUUGUUUUCACUGUCAGAAUGAGGAAUUCUCACUACUCCUGAACUCAGCAUGAGGCAUAUGCAGUAACUAAUAAUUUUCAUGAUAAUUCUAAAAGUGAUACUAAUUCAAAAGAGCACUGUGUGUUCAGGAGUUAAUGGUGUGGACCCUUUUUCUCACCUGUGCUAAGAAAAGGAGUCUUUUUACACUGUAAUAUUUCCACAGUUUGUUUUGCAUGAUUUCUCUGACUACUUUGGGUUGGUCUUAUCUCCUUUUAGCCUUGAACCUUUGAUUAAGUGGGUGUUUUCAAAAUUGAGUAAAAUACUCAGCUAUUAUCAGAAGUGCACUUCUAGAGGUAUCUCACACUGUUGUAGCUAGAAAAGCCCCAUGUAAAAUAACAGGGUGACUGAUGGAUGUGGCCUUGAUAUUGCCAGGAAAGGACUCAAAGGAAGAUGAGUCUUUUGGGCUACUGAUCAUCUCAAGGAGCUCCCAAAUGGCACUGGCUAUUUUUCUGUCAGAAAAUGAACAUUCUCAGUACAGAAUAAUUCAAGUGCCUAAAGUUAGGUGCUUAUCACACUUUUGAUACCCUAGGAUGUCUGGCCUGAUCCCAGGAUGGCCCCUGUGUUGCAUAUGUCAGCCCUAUGGCACAAAGGACUUGGGAGUAAAGAAGAUAAAGCUGAAAGAAAUGGUUGCAAUGAAGAUGUCUUAAUUUUUCUCACUAUCCAAGUCUAUUUUAAUUUGUAAUAAAUUACUUUUCCCUGAGUGGAAUCUAUUUUGCUAAUGAUGGUAAUCAGCAAGCGAUAUACUUGUGUUCAUUUCAACCCAUGAGCUUUUUCAUCUUAUUUCCUGCCUCAGUCUUGUUGAGGAGGGCCUGUGGUUAAAGGUGGAUUUACACUGUAACAUUAUACUUGCAUUUAAUUGUAACAUAAUAUACCCCACAUAACCCAUGCCAUGUAAGAACAUAUCACAACUAAUAACUAAUGGUAAUAGGAUUUUAAGUGGUAGAAGCCAUUUGGCUGCUGCUUCUUGUUCAACCUCAGCAUUGUUAAUGCCCUUGUCACUUUAAAUAAAGACAUUCACGUAGAAAUAAAUGCAUUUCAUACAGUC